AUGGGGGAAUCAAAGAAGAAAAGCAGAUCAGUCGCAACACAAAGAGCUUGGAGUCUUGUAAGAAUGGCUCUUCUAUGGGGAAGAAAAGGUGGCAUAUUCAAGAAAUGGCACAUGUUCGAGCUCCGUAACUUGGUCUCCAAGCAUCUCAAAGCCCUAGCUCAUCAUCAUUCUAGCAGCGUUGAUAGCGUCCGUUAUCUCGGUGAGAAACAGCUCUCUUUCGACGAGACACCGAUCUUUAACGUGAAGAUGCAUCGUCCUGCUUCCAUGAGGUUCCUCUUGCCUUGCAUUGCUCCUCCCGUUGACUUUGAUUACGACUUUGAACUGGACCGUCAAGAUAGUGUUAGAUCCUACGGCUAUUACGAUGACUCUCGCAAUGAGAAAUGUGAUCGUGCGGUUGAAAAUUAUCAAGAAGAGGAAGAAGGUGAGAAAGGGGUUGAUGUGAGAGCAGAUGAGUUUAUUGCUAAUUUCUAUCAACAGAUGAAGUUGCAGAGGCAAAUCUCUUACUUGCAAUACAAAGAACACAAUGACGUUGUAUAA